GCUUGGUAUGAUGCUGUUGCUAGAUUCAGCUCUUCUCUAUUUCCCUAUCAAGUCGCCGAAUGAUCAAUUGUGUUUUUCAAUUCUCCCUUUACCGCAGGUUUUUACAUAUUCCGGGCUCACCGGAGGCCGUCUCCAUCUACAUGCCUGACGGCUUAACGCUACCGUAUCGUAUCUCAGUCUCCCACUUCAACGCAACCGCUCUCCGCAAAGCCACAGCUUCUAGCGCUCCUAAGCGUGGGCACACUAGAGCAUUAGCCUGCGGGAGACUUGCAAGCAGCUUGGGGAGAUUGUGGCAGCUAGACUCUUUGACCGCGCUUCAUCUUUCGUCAUCACUCAUCAUAGUCGGCAGAUUGAUAACCCCGGCCAGCAUAUCUUGGAAUGCCGGGCUGCUAGUGGCUGCGGUUUAUUUCCAUGCAUCGUGGCAUCGACAGAUAACGUCCAGGCAGAGAUGAAACAAGAGAAAGAGAAAAAGAUCUUUAGUAAAGCAAAGAGCGAAAUUGCAGGACGACAAGACGCGUUGUCACGCCGCGGGAUGACUAACAUUGAACAUGGAGGCUCAAUCACAAGACAGAGUAAUAGUCAAAGCCUAGUUUGAGGCACAUGGCCACGCAUUGGACUCGUGGCCUCUGAGAAAAAGACGCAGCAAAAAAAGAGAGAGAGAGCAAAAAAAUAGACAGAUAGAGCCUUUACUGAAAGCUGUCCUCA